AUGUCUAUACCAUACAGAAUUAAUGAUGAUUACGCUGAGAAGAAUUUGACUGUAGGCAUCAAGAUUCUGCAAACUGUACUUGGUACCCUGGUGAUUUGCGUGACUUUGAUUAGCUACUGCAUCAACCAGAAGUCCUUGGUGCGGAUCGCCAAUCAAUUGAUCACCGUCGAGGACGAAAUAGAUCGUAUAUAUGAUCUAUAUUAUCCGCUACAACGACAGCGUAUCUUCUACACUAUAAUGAUCGUUUGCGUCUUGAAGAUUAACCUGCUGAUACUUCUCCUGUUCACUGAGAUCCUGGUCUUCCAUACGGGUCCAGUCUCAUGGCUGACAGACGUUUUGCCAACAUUUCACGUGGGUUGGCUAUUCAUACAGUACUUCCUAUUGGUGACGAUCAUUCAGACAGAUUUCGCUGAUGUGAAUCGAGCGAUACAAAGUCUCAUCAGAAUCAAUACAUCUGAUCUUCAACUGCAAUCUCUCUAUCGAACACAUAUCAUAGUCAACAAUUCGACCAUUCAUCAACUGUUGCAAUUGCGAAAUGUGCAUUGCCAUCUCUGUAAAAUCACUGAGGAUGUGUCGAGUUUCUAUUCACUACCACUACUAUUCGGCAUUGUUUUUUUCUUUCUGACACUCAUAUAUUCUGGUUACUUUUUUUUCUCGUUUCUGUUGACUGAUGAUAUCUUAAAUUAUUCUUAUAAUAUUGGUGUCAUCAUCUGGAUAAUAUUUCUGAUUUAUCCCAUCUAUCUCCUCACCAGUAAAAUUACGAGGAUUUUAAUCGAGGUAGAAUAA